GGGCCAUUGUCGGCGUCUCAAUCCAAUCCUUGUCGCGGUCUAUGAUGUAUAUAUAAACAGUUGAUUGGUUUUCAAAACCUCACGGACUCAAUAAUUAAUUCAUCUUCCCAAACGCGACUUUGCGGUUUCCAGAUUCUUCUUCAUCCUCGUUCGCCAAGACCUUACGUUGCCCCAAAGGGUACUUAUCUUUUAUGUUUUUUUUAUAUUUUUUUAACACUUUAAAAUUAUUUUAUUUUAUGUUUUUUUUUCAAAAUUUCCCCUUUUUCUGCUUGGCAAUCCACGCCCAGUUCCUCUUCUCCAAAAAAUCGUGGGUCAGUUUAAUCCAAUAAAAAAAUUAAAAAAAAUUUUUGGUUAAUUUGAGGUUUGGUUUAUGGAAUUUGGGUCUCACAUGAUUGGGUGACAUUGUCUGUCGUGACUCUCGUGUUGUGUUUUGCUUUUAUUUUAGUUAGGUUGUGCAGGUGGGAGUAGAAACUUUUGUCUCAAAUGAUUAUCCAGAUGAUUGUGGAGCUUUGACCUGCAGGAUUCAAUCACACAAUCUGAUUUGUUUGGGAUUCUUGGUUUGUAAACGUUGUACAGAAAUCAUUCUGGGAAACGCACUGGGUUUUCCCAUCAAAUUGCGGAUUUGUUGCUGCUUUUGUUCUUGUUUUCCCUGGCAUGGUAAAUAGAAGUUAAAGAGAUUGUUUGAUCUGAAGGAGAGUUAGAGAGAUUUGGGUACGAUGACGGAUAGAAUGCAGAGGUUUCUUGUGGAGGUUCUCACAGAACCUCAACGCGGAGGGGAGUCGUUGCUUGGUUCUAUCAAGAUUGCAGUUUUACCCAUUGCUAAAGUUUUCACAAUGUGCUUCAUGGGGUUUCUCAUGGCUUCUAAGUUUGUCAAUGUCUUGCCUGCAAAUGGAAGAAAACUUUUAAACGGGUUGGUCUUUUCACUUUUACUCCCGUGCCUGAUAUUUGCCCAACUUGGACAAGCAAUCACAUUUGACAAGAUGCUUCAGUGGUGGUUUAUCCCGGUUAACGUUGUCCUUGCCACAAUAUCAGGCUCCAUAAUAGGUCUAUGUAUUGCAACAAUCAUCCGUCCGCCAUAUCCAUUCUUCAAGUUUACGAUUAUACAUAUUGGAAUAGGGAAUAUUGGGAAUGUACCACUUGUGCUGAUUGCAGCAUUAUGCCGUGAUAAAUCAAAUCCUUUUGGUGACUCUGAUAAGUGCUCUCAAGAUGGAAACGCAUACAUCUCAUUUGGCCAAUGGGUUGGAGCAAUCAUCCUGUACACGUACGUAUUCCAUAUGCUUGCACCUCCUCCGGAAGGUACCUUUGACAUUGAAGAUGGGCAUCUUCCAACGAAGGCUCCUAAUAGAGUUAGCUCACAUACUGCUGCAAAGGAUAUCUCCCAUGAGCAACUUCCGUUGCUUGUGCAGGAGCCUCCAACUCCCGAGUCAACUGGUUCACACAAAGAUAAGAUUAUGGAAUUCUUCAGGUUUCUGUACGAAAAGUUGAAGCUUCAGCAAAUCAUCCAACCACCCAUAAUUGCUUCAAUUCUAGCUAUCUUCUUAGGAUGUGUUCCAUUCUUCAAGAAACUUAUAUUCACUUCAGAUGGUCCAUUUUACUUCUUCACUGACAGCUGCCUUAUUCUUGGGGAGGCCAUGAUUCCAUGCAUAUUAUUGGCAUUAGGAGGCAAUCUUGUUGAGGGUCCAGGAAGUUCAAAACUUGGUUUACGGACAACGGCUGCGAUCAUAUUUGGGAGGUUGGUUUUAGUUCCUCCAACAGGGCUUGGAAUUGUCACUUUGGCUGAUAGACUCGGUUUCCUUCCCGCCGGUGACAAGAUGUUCAGAUUUGUCCUCCUCCUCCAACACACCAUGCCAACUUCUGUGCUUUCCGGGGCGGUUGCGAAUUUGAGAGGGUGUGGUAGAGAGGCGGCGGCAGUGCUGUUUUGGGUUCACAUUUUUGCGGUUUUCUCUAUGGCCGGAUGGAUCAUCCUCUAUCUCAACAUAUUGUUCUAAGCCGGUACUACUACUUCUACUACUACUACUACUUUCAGCCCUCAUAUGUACAACUCCCAACCCAGUGUUCAUACCAAAAAUGUGAUUCAAUUCUUUUAUUCUGCUUAUCUUCUCAUGUAAUAUUAACGACGAAAAUAAUACUCCCCGUAUUAGAAAGAAGUCAUCUUUACCUAAAAAACACUUCUUAUGUGCACCUUUUUUUUUGGGCUACAAAAUUUGGGGGCUCUGUGCAGCCUACACUUUCUCUCUGACGUUUUGUGCCAAUUUUGGAGGCUCUGUGUGGCCUACAAUUUAUAUUUUAUUUUGGGUUAAAUAUGCUUUUGGUUCUUGUAAAUUAAGCAACUUUUGCUUU